UGUCAGCUGUGACCAGCCAUGGCUGCAGGAGGAAACAACACGAUGGAGAGAAGUUGAGAUUCAAAGUGUUUCUCUGUUAUAACACAUGGCAGCAGGGGAGGCUGGAGGUCUGGCUCCGGUCUGCCUGUGUGUCCUGUGCGGGCUGCCCGCCGCUGGGAAGUCCUCCCUGGGCCUCACGGUCCUCAGCACCGCUGCUCAGCUCGGAUGGAGAGCCACCGUGGUGCCGUAUGAUGACCUGAUCCCCGGGCAGGCCUUUCACCCCAGACUGGAAGAGGAGGAGGACGGAGCGAUGCACACUGAAUGGAAGUCACACAGACAGGCAGUGCUACAGUGCAUUGAGCUGUUCUUGAAGACACCUGACAUGUCGGCAGAGCUGCUGAGCGGCCGACAGAUCAACACUGCUGCCUGGGAACAAUGCGUCCGAAUGCUGCUGCAGCCUGAAGGACCGGUGGACCCCUCUCAGGCCGACCGGGCACCACUUGUCUUUCUGCUGGAUGAUAACUUCUACUAUCAGAGCAUGAGAUAUGAAGUGUUCCAACUUGCAAGAAAGUACUCACUGGGGUUCUGCCAGGUGUAUCUUCACUGUGAUGUGGAGUCCUGCAUCAGCAGAAACCAGCGCCGGCCUGAACCCGUUCCCACCGAGGUGAUUCUGGAGAUGGGAAAGCGUCUGGAGCCCCCGAAUCCACAGAAGAACUCGUGGGAGACGCAAAGCAUUUCGCUCGACACCACAGAUAAUUUGUCUAACCUUGACAUCCAGAGAGUGACAGAGUUGAUCUCCUCUGCGCUAAGAAACCCGCUGAGCCCGGUAGAGGACAACACCGAACAAAAGGAAGCCGACCGUCUGAGAUGUGCCACAAGUGUGGUUCACCAAGCUGACCAGGCCUGUCGACGCCUCAUCUCCGAAGCCAUGAGGACUGCCAGAGAAAAUCAAGUGUCCUCUGAACACAUGAGAUCUUUGGCCUCGCAGCUGAAUGAAUCCAAGGCGACAUUUCUUCGCAGCCUGCGUGAGCAGCUGCUGCAGGACCCGUCUUUCUCUCAGGAGGAGGACAUGGAUGUGGAGCGCGUGGUGAAAAGUGCAGUUGAUGUUUUUGACCGUGAGAAAAAGGAAAUCUUGUUAAAAAUAAUGUAUGACCAUAAAUGACCUUUUCACAAAACUAGAUUUGAUUGUAUCAAGUCACAAGUGGAUGUGUGGAUAUGUAAUAGAAUAUAUAUUUAAAUAAAAUGUUACUUGUC